AUGGCAAGUGGGGAUUUGCUCCUUGAGCUAAAGGACCUGGAACAAUACGACAAACUUUCACACCUUGUAGCGUUUGGCAACAUUCCCGUCUCGAGAACAUCCUUCGCCGAAGUGGUGCAACGAGGGCCAGCACCACAACGGCCCCUGGCGGUAGCCCGGACCACGCGUAGCGUGCCCAGGCUAACGCCACUUGCCCCUACGGUGGGAGCAGCCAGUGCUGCCCUGCCCACUCCCAAUCAGUCCACACCAGUGGCCUCGGCAGGCUCUGGCAGCAGCCGGGGCAACGAAGAGGCCAAGGGGGUCCCAUCGACCUCCGGCUUGGUGGGGGCCAAGGCUUCGUCAACCGUGGCGAAGCCUACACUAAGCAAACACCGCUCGUCAAGUCCUUCCUUCGCCGAUGUGACGCGCCGGGGCGCCGCGCCACGUCUUCCGGCGCCCGCAAAAGUCGCACGGAGUGUGACUGCGGUCGCUCCAUCAGCGCCCCCGGCUGGAGUAGCCUGUGCUGCUCCGCCACCUCCCAAAGAGGGCCAGCAGACUCGCGAGCCUGCCGGACCCAAGGCCACUGCAAGCGCAGUUAGGCCAGAAGCUGCCACGAACGUGCCUGCUGAGCGGGCACUACCCACCACCUCGGAAGAGGUGAUGGAUACAACUAACACUCCCCCGGCGUCUCAGACGCCAAAGGAACGGCGCAGCUGUUUGGAGCGUGCGAAAAAAGAGAAAGCCCGCAUUACAGGGCCCGGAACGGGCUCUGUAACUUAG